UCAGUGUGCGACGGCGCCGAAGGAGCUGCUCAGCCUUUAUUGGCUUUACUUUGAUAUUCGCCCACCCCGGGUGCGGGGGUUUGAGGAGGGGGGGGAGAAAGCCGCCGGAGACGGUUUACAUGACAGAGACACGAUGACAACAAGCUUAACGCAGGCGUUAAAAACCCACUUUGGGUUCGACAGCUUCAGGUCUAAGCUACAGGAAGAUGUCGUCAAGGCAGUCACCAGGGGUGACAGGGACGUGUUCGUGUGCAUGCCCACCGGAGCGGGGAAGUCCCUCUGUUACCAGCUGCCUGCAGUCCUGGCUGAGGGCAUCACUCUGGUUAUAUCCCCGCUCAUCGCGCUCAUCCAGGACCAAGUGCAGCGCCUGCAGGACCUGAACAUCCCCGCCUGCUCCAUCAACUCCAAGCUCCCAGUGGGCGAGCGCCGUCUGAUCCUGGGCGACCUGGAGAGCAGCAGACCCAAGCUGAAGCUCCUCUACAUCACUCCAGAGAUGGUGGCCUCGGCCUCGUUCCGGCCCUGCCUGACCGGCCUGUGCUCCCGCGGCCUGCUGUCCUACCUGGCCGUGGACGAGGCUCACUGCGUCUCCCAGUGGGGCCACGAUUUCAGGCCGGAUUACCUCAAGCUGGGCGAGCUGCGUGCUCGACUUACCGGCGUCCCCUGCCUGGCCCUGACGGCGACGGCGCCCAAGAACGUACGCGAGGACAUUAUUCAGUCCCUGGGGCUGCGCCUGCCGGUGUCUUUUGUGACACCUGUUUUUCGCAGUAACUUGUACUACGAUGUGAUCUUCAUGGAGCCGCUACCAAACCCCUAUGUCCACCUCCAGGUCUUUAUCAAGAAGGCGUUGGCAAUGGGCAGUGGGUCUAAGGGACAGGGCUGUGGGAUUGUUUACUGUCGGACCAGGGAGGGCUGUGAAACAGUGGCUCACCAGCUGACCAAGCUCGGAGUCUUGGCCAAGCCUUAUCACGCAGGUCUGAAGGCAGGAGAUCGUACAGAUGUCCAGAAUGAGUGGAUGCAGGGGAAGGUGUUGGUUAUUGUAGCCACCAUCAGCUUUGGCAUGGGGGUAGACAAGGCCAAUGUCAGGUUUGUAGCUCACUGGAACCUUGCUAAGUCUUUGGCCAGUUACUACCAAGAGUCUGGGCGAGCAGGGAGAGACGGGCUGCCCUCCUCCUGUCGCACAUACUACUCCCGGAAAGACAAGGAGCAAAUCAACUUCCUCAUCCGCCAGGAGGUUGGCCGCAGACAGGCAAAACGUGGAUCUGCAAAGGAGACGGACAAAACGGCCAUCACAGACUUUGAAGCCAUGGUGUCUUACUGCCAGCAGGAAGGUUGUCGUCAUGCCAUCAUCUCCAAGUUCUUCGGGGACAAGGCGCCAAACUGUGCCGGCACCUGCGAUUUCUGCCGCAACCCUAAAGCUGUGCGAGCCCAGCUGGAGAGCGCGGCCGCACUCAGCACCAAGACCGCGGCUCAGAGCAAAGAGCCCAAAGGACCCUUCGGCUUCCAGCCGAACGUUUAUGAAGGUGGACGCAAGGGCUACGGCUUUGAGAGGUUCGAUGAAGGGGAAGACAGCAGUGGCGAAGACGACACUAUAAACAGGAAAAAGGAAUUUUCUGAUCUCUUUAAGAAGCAGAUGAACCUACGGAAGGGAACUGAUGGUCAGAGGGAUGAUUUUGCUCCCCCAGAUGCUGACUGCCAACUCAGAGAUGCCAGCAGCCAGAGGAUCCCCAGGCUUACUGUAAAGGCCAGAGAGCACUGCCUGUACCUCUUAGAAGAGGCGUUACAUGACCACCAGGGGGCAGGAGGCACCUUCAUCCUUCACCCUCUGUCCUCGGCAGUGGAUCUUGAACACGAGGUCUUCAGGAGCAGCAAGUCGUCCAACUUGUACAAAGCUGCGGUGCUAAAGAAGGUGGCAGAGAUGAAGAAAGCAGCAUCUCCCUCAACUGGAGGAGAAACGGCAAAAGGCGACAUGACUAACGGCAGCAGUGAAUCAACACUCAAAGGGGAAGCAGCAUCCACCUCCUCCUCCUCGUUGUCCUUUUCUGAGGAGCUGCAGGGGUUCACAUCUGCAUCAGAAGUCUACUCACUGAAGCGUAAGAGGGUGGGAGCAGGUCUGAGGGGCUCAUCCAACCCCUUCAAGACUGCCAAGGAUCUGCUGGAGUCCUCCACGUCAGACGCUGCCUGUGACAAACAGUCGGAGGGUGGUGGGUUUUACAACCACGGCUCAGGUGGCUCUCGAGAAUCGUCUGUCCAGGAGAGAACCAAAGAGAUUGACGCAGACAUGUUUCCGGCUGUAGCAUCGCCCAUCAGAGCCAGAGCGAAUGCAGUCGCUGCCUCCACGAACAGCCCGACAAAGGCCACGAGCAAGAAGCAGCAGAAGCUGGUGGAGGCAGCAAAGAGUUCCCGCAACAUUUCCCAGUACUUUGCAAAGAAACAAACAGCGGACAAAAGCCAAGUGGAGCCACUGAAGCAGAAGGGACUUGAUGCUACGCUCACCACCACCCCGAUCCAGCAUGAAAACACCAGUCAGCCGGAACACUCACCUUUUGUAGCAAUAGAGAGCAGUGCUGAGGAACCAGAGACUCAGGGUGUGAUGCGAGAAGACCGUAAAAAGGAAGUGAUUGUGAUAACUGAUGAUGACGAGGAGGAAACGCAUCAAACUGAGACGUCGGAGCUGAAGCAGGCUCAAGACGCAUCUAACGAGGAUCAGAGACCAAACAAACCAGGGGAAGUAGCUAAACCAGCUCUGAUACAAGAGUUUGCAGAUGACCUGAAAGCCAACAGCGGGUCGUCUCCUCCAGCGAAGCGCAGCCGGCCCGCAGACGGCAGCAGCAGAAGAGUGACCUUCAACCCCAACGUGCAGGAGAGGGCCCUGCAGCCGGUCAACGAGCCGCCGAAGCCGGUGACGCUGAAGGAGGCGGCCGAUAUUGUAGUCCGCUAUCUGGACCCUUUCUACACUCAGGGGAAGUUUGCCACAAAGGAGCUGUUCAAGUCCUUUGCUCGCUACUUGUCUCACCUUCUUGCAGAAGGAAGGAGUCGGGGAAAAGGCCAUGUCAAAGCAGAAGCCAAAGCUCUCAUCAAGAAGUUCUUCAGCAGCGUGCAGCGCUGCGAGAGCGAGGCGGACUGGAAGCAGCUCAAAAGACCGCACAGCUGUAAAGCCACAGAGAACAAAGAAUGAUGGGAAACUUAGCCAUUUUUUUAGGGGCCGACCCUCUUCCUCUUUGUCAGUGCCUCUUGUUUCAGUGACGUCGGGCUCUGUUGCGGACCCCUGCUGACCAGGUUUUGCGGUUGAUUUGCUGCUAGAGUGCUGCUUUUUUUCCUUUUCUUCUGGGGCUGGUUGCUGCUACAGUGCUUCAUGUCAGUAAUCAAGCAAUAAAAAAAUGGGACUUUCACAGCCUGAGAGAGCAGAAGUAGCACUUUCUGAUAACUGGCAUUAGAAAGUUUUCUUUUACGCCUCGGUCCGUUAACUUCAUUUCAGUACAAUAAGGGAAUAGAGCGCAUGUGGUACUGCACCCCUCUUUUUUUUCCACCUGCACUUUUACCUGCAGUAAAGCAUGAUCCACGUCUCUGCGUGUUGAUUUUCAUCCUGAGCAGAAAAUUAACCGCUGGGGACCCUGAAUGUCUGAACCUUAUUUCUUGGCAAUCCAUCAAAUAACUGCUGAGAUAUUUCAGUCUGGAAGAAAAGAAGAGGAGCGAGGGGGGGAGCUGAUCCACCGUCAUUACUUAAAAGUGCAUUGUGGAAAUGGUUGCCAGUGAUGUGAAGUCUACAUAAAGCAUACAAAAACACUGGAACAACGUUUUAGCGUGGGAGCAUAAACCACGUGGUCCUGUGUUGUGUCGGGGCCUUUUUACUUUUUACUGCUGCCACAUCUUUUGUCUUUGGCUGCUGGACCGCAGAACAGGGCGCAGAGGAAAUGGACAUAAAUGACAGACGCUGGAUGAUAUUAAACUGUCAUGUCUGUAUUUUCUUUUACUUAUGAUUUUUUUUUUUCUCCUUAGGUUGCCUCUAGCAGAUAGAAGAAAUUGUGCUGAAGGAUUGUUCUUUUUUUUUUAACCAACUUUGCGCCCAAUGAGGGAGAUGUUCCUUAUGUUAGUGCCUGUGAGGACUGUGAGAGGCCACAGUUUGUCUCCACAGACUGGAGGAAAACCCAAAGAGUACUUGACACAACGGUGGACAGAGACUGUGAAGAGCCAUGGUCUAACUGCUCUUUGCUCCGAAAUGUUUACAAUAAAGUGUUUGCUGAACAUGAA